AUGAUGAGAACAAAUUUACCUCUCGAGAUUUGGAUCCAUAUCGCCACGUAUCUAGAGCCCGACGCAUGCUACCGGCUGAUUCAAGCCUUUGAAGGUCUUUCUCUAGUUCUUCCGCACAAGGAUCUAAUAAAGAAGGCAAGAAAUACUGCUGGAGACACAAUUGUGCACUUAGCAGCACGCAGAGGCGAUGUAAAAUUGAUACAGAAUUUACUAGCCAGAAGCGUGAACAUCCACGUGCGGAACAAGCGCGGGGUCACGCCUUUAGCUGAGGCUGCACUUCGAGGGCAUCAAGCCGUCGUGGAGCUACUUAUUUCCGCGGGGGCAAAGAUCGAUGAGCCGGAUAGUCGUGGAUUCUUUCCUCUACAUGCUGCGGCCUACCGUGGCUCAGAUGCGGUUGUCCAAGUCCUCAUUGAUGCGGGUGCAAAUGUUUUACAGUCCAUUCCUUUCCACCGCACCGCACUACAUAUGGCGAUAAGGACUGGCCAUCUUUCGACAGUGUCAAUGCUUCUGAACAAAAUGAAGUCGCACCCAGAUAUGGCGGAUAUACAUGUAUACAGCGGUGUUCUGGAUCUAGCAGCGGAGUACGGCCACACGCAUGUCUUUCAUAAGCUCGUUGAGGCUGGCUUUGAGUUUACAGCGAAUACCCUGAGACUUGCCGCCUCGUUGGGUCGAGCAAAGAUAGCCAGGAUUCUUCUUUCUCUAUCAUCAUUUCCGAUGCAACUACGACAUGAGGUGUUAAUAAAAUCCGCCAUGCUUGGCUACCAUUCUGUGGUGAAAGUGCUGAUGGGGUCUGACUUUGAUAUCUCGCAUAGCAACAUCGUUCUGUCUGACACGGUGGGCUCUUCAGGUAGUCUCAAGGUACUUCGACUUCUUGAGCAUGCGGGAUUCAACUUGGAAUGGGGCACAAUACUAUACUUUGCUGCUAAGGGAGGCCACGCCGCAAUGGUUGCAUAUGUCGCUGGUUCGAAACGAGUGGACCACCGUAAUUACACAUCAGCGCUCUAUAAUUCCGCUACUGCAGGGCAUCAUGCCGUGGUGAAAGUUCUUCUUGAGUCCGGGGCUAAGUUGGACGAAGAUGAAAAAAGAAGCGCCCUUGCAUCUGCUUGCGAGAAAGGUUCUCUAGCCAUUCAUGAUUUACUUGUUGAACCUGGGGAUCGAUUCAACAUUCAGGCGCUCUAUCCCGCAGUCUGUGCCGGAGAUUCUGAGAGGACUGCUGCUAUCCUGAAUCGCAAAAUAGAUACGUCCACACUUGACCGGCCUACCAAUAUUAGGUUGCAGCGCUGUUUGAAAAAGGCAGCUGAAAAUGGCAAUACUGUGAUAGUAAAGCUAUUACUAAAUGCGGGAAUAGCGCCAGAUUACGCUUAUAGUCAUGCGCGCUGGGGAUAUUGGGCCCGGUCUGCACUCGAGUGGGCAGCCAGAGGGGGCCACUUGGAGGUAGUGGAUGUUCUCGUAAAGGCUGGAGCUGAUCUCGCACGCGAAAACCGUUUAAACUUCCGCAACUCGUCGACAUUUGGUCAAAAGGGGUAUACCGCCUUGUAUGUCGCUGCUGGAGCCGGACAUGUGGCUGUGACAAAAUACCUCAUUUCUUGCGGGGCGUGCGUUUCCUUCCAAGGAGAAGAAGGCCAUACAGCAUUGCAUCAAGUGGCAAGGGUUGGUCAUAUUGCAAUAGUGAAGCUCCUCAUAAAGGCGGGUGCCGAUCUCUCUAUUCAAGCACGCUGCGGGGCGACCCCUCUCUAUUAUGCUGCACUGUAUAAUCGCGUUGAGAUUGUUGAGUUGCUUCUGAAUGCUGGUUCUGAUCCGUCUAUUCUAGACCUACAAGGAAGAUCUGCUCUUAGCCGGGCAUCCGAGUUCGGCCAUACUGAGGUGGUUUCACUCCUCACUGCAGCCCACAAUGGGCACUAG